GAGAGUCUGCCAGCCUCAUUAUGGAAGAGCACAAUGGCUCUGCAGAGAGUCCCCAGCUGAACCAAGGACGGCAUGUUGCCAUUAAGUGUGGGUGGCUGAGGAAGCAAGGAGGCUUUGUGAAGACUUGGCACACGCGCUGGUUCGUUCUUAAAGGGGAGCAGCUCUUUUACUUCAAAGAUGAGGACGAAACCAAACCCUUG